AUGGGCUCUCACGCGACUGUCUCUCCUCAACCACAUGUUCCCCCACGGGGAGUAUGGUGUCCCGCUGUGACUUUCUUCGACCAUGAAACCGACUCAUUAGAUCUGGCCUCGCAAGCGCAAUAUUUCACCUACCUCUCUCGCACAGGCCUUGCAGGCUUGGUGAUCCUGGGUACCAACUCUGAGGCAUUCCUACUUACUCGCGAAGAACGAUCCCAACUUAUCGCGACCGCACGUACCGCAGUUGGACCUGAUUUUCCCUUGAUGGCCGGUGUGGGUGCUCACUCAACAAAGCAAGUACUAGAGCUGGCCAACGAUGCCGCGACUGCUGGUGCCAAUUACCUUCUCGUUCUCCCGCCCGCAUACUUCGGCAAGGCCACCAACAUGAACGUGGUCAGGCGAUUCUUCUCCGAGGUUGCGGCGAAGUCUCCCCUUCCAGUGGUUAUGUAUAACUUCCCGGGCGUGUGUAACGGUGUGGAUAUGGAUUCAGAGACCAUUGCUUCCGUUGUCCGUGAAUCGGCAGCUGCAAGUCCUAGUGGUAAAUCGAAUGUCGUGGGUGUGAAGCUCACAUGCGGCUCUGUUGGAAAGAUUACACGUCUUGCAGCAACCUUUUCGCCAGAGGAGUUCGCGACAUACGGUGGACAGUCUGAUUUCCUUAUUGGAGGAUUGGCGGCUGGUAGUGCUGGGUGCAUCGCGGCAUUUGCCAAUGUCUUCCCUAAAACGGCAGCACGGAUCUAUACACUUUACCAGAAGGGUCAAUUUGAGGAGGCUGUUCAGCUGCAGCGCAAGGCAGCUCUCGCCGAGAGUCCUAUCAAGAGUGGUAUUGGAUCGACCAAGUAUGCAGUUUCCCGGUACUCGGCUUCCCUGGCGGGUAUCGCAGAGGCUGAAGCUAAGCUGUUGCCUCGUCAUCCUUAUGAGCCAGUUGGGGAGGCAGUGAAGAAGUCCGUUGCGGAGGUUAUGGCCGAGGUUGGAGAAAUUGAAAAGGGUCUGUAG